AUGGAGUAUUCAAACGGACCUGUCUGCAUCAAGGACCUCGAGCGCAUCGCCAGCAAGGUCAUGCCCUCGGGCGCCUGGGGCUACUACGACUCGGGCGCGAACGACGAGCAGACAAAGCUCGACAACAUGACAGCCUUUGACAAGUACCGCCUGCACCCGCGUAUGCUGCGCGAUGUCUCCAACAUCUCGACAGCAACGACGAUCCUGGGCCAGCCGGUGCCGACGCCCCUGGGCGUGGCCCCCUGUGCCAUGCACAAGCUGGCCCACGCCGACGGCGAACUGGCGACCUCGCGCGCGGCAUCGCAGCACGGCGGCGUCAUGAUCCUCUCGACAUACUCGACGACCUCCCUGGAGAAGGUCAUUGCGCAGGGCAACAGCAACAUGCAGUACUGGAUGCAGCUGUAUGUGUACAAGGAGCGGUCGGUCUCGGAGCAGAUUGUGCGGAGGGCGGAGCGCGCAGGCUUCAAGGCCCUGGUGUUGACUGUGGAUGCUCCGGCAUUGGGCCGCCGGCUGGUCGAUGCGCGCAACAAGUUCAAUCCGCCAGCGCAUCUGCAUCUGGAGAACUUUAUUGAUCCCGAGAUUGUCAAUAAUCCGGACGGCUACGGCGCUGACCUCAGCAAGAGCGCCUCGGAGACCUUUGGCGCGACCUUUGGCGCCAAUGGCGACCAGUCGCUGUCGUGGGAGAACGGCAUUGCGUGGCUAAAGUCCAUCACCAAGCUGCCCAUUAUCGUCAAGGGCAUCUUGACCGCCGAGGACACCAGGCUGGCCAUCAAGUACGGGUGCGCUGGCGUCAUUGUGUCCAACCACGGCGGCCGCCAGCUCGACGGGACUCUGGCCAGCAUCGACGCGUUGCCGCAGGUCGUCGAGGCUGCCGGCGACAAAAUCGAGGUCUAUAUGGACGGCGGUAUCCGCAAGGGCACCGAUAUCUUCAAGGCGCUGGCUCUGGGCGCCCGCGCUGUGUUCGUCGCCCGGCCGGUGCUGUGGGGUCUGGCAUAUAACGGCGAGGCCGGCGCCAAGCACGCGCUCGACCUGCUGCAGAGCGAGCUCGAGCUGACCAUGAUGCUGUCCGGCACACGCACCAUUGGCGAGAUCGACGACUCGUAUAUCCUGGAGCCCGAGUCCCGGUGGGUGCAGAGCUCGGUGCGCCGCCAGCAGAAAAAGGUCAACCAGCUCCGGGCCAAGCUGUAA